CAUAAUAUAUACAAAAAAAGGAAUUUGCCAAUUCAUUGAAAUUGUAAAACAAAAUUAGGAAUUAUAAAAUGAAAUUAGGAUUAUUUAUAGAUAUAGCAAAAUGAACUGAAUAUUUCAUACAUUUUCUCAUUUAAAAUAAUUUUCAAUGAAAUUACUUACAAAUCAAUAAUGGAAAGGAAACGGCAACGGACAAUGAAACGAUGCGUUUAAGAAGGUUAGAGAGACAGUAUAAGAAUUCAAAUUCAUUCAACGUUCCCAUUUCCCUCGCUUUGCUCCGUCUUCAGAUUUCUCGCAACCGGAGUUCGACGGUGGCGAUCCGAUGAAAUAUUUGGCGAAGAACAAUAACGAAUCUCCAAAGCGGCAAUGGUCCUUGAAAGAUUUCGACGUAGGAAAACCCCUCGGCAAAGGAAAAUUCGGCAGGGUUUAUCUAGCUAGAGAAGUCAGGAGCAAGUAUAUAGUAGCACUGAAGGUGAUUUUCCGGGAGCAGAUGAAGAAGUACGGGAUUCAUCGUCAGUUAAUGAGAGAGAUGGAGAUCCAGACCAGUCUUCGGCACCCCAACAUCUUACGUCUCUAUGGAUGGUUUCAUGAUGCUGAACGGAUUUUCAUGAUAUUGGAAUACGCUCACCGCGGUGAGCUUUAUAGGGAACUUAGAAAAAAUGGUCAUCUCAGCGAGAAGCAAGCGGCCACUUACAUGUUAAGCCUCGCACAAGCAUUGGCAUACUGCCAUGAGAAGGAUGUAAUUCACAGGGACAUUAAGCCAGAAAAUUUGCUGCUCGAUCAUGAGGGCCGGUUGAAAAUUGGAGAUUUUGGAUGGGCUGUACAGUCAAGAAGCAAGAGAUAUACAAUGUGUGGAACCCUGGAUUAUUUAGCCCCAGAAAUGGUGGAGAAUAAAGGUCAUGACUUUGCAAUAGAUAAUUGGACUAUGGGCAUUCUUUGCUAUGAAUUCCUUUAUGGAGUGCCUCCAUUUGAAGCUGAGAGUCAAAAUGACACGUUUAAAAGGAUAAGGAAGGUUGAAUUAAAUUUUCCUUCGACUCCUCAUAUUUCUACGGAAGCAAAGGAUCUAAUAGGCCGGCUCUUGGUGAAGGAUGCGUCUAAAAGACUUUCACUUCAGGAGAUAGUGGAGCAUCCAUGGAUAAUCAAGAAUGCAGAUCCAUCUGGUAUUUGCAAUACCAGGUAGAAACAUCAUCUCAUCACUUCACUUUUUAACCAAUUAAUAUAAAUUGAGUUUGAUUAAGAUCAGUGUGUAAUUUUCUAAUAUCAUAGUAUUCAUGAUUUAACCAUAACGUUGAAAAGAUGAGUUGCUAGUUGCAUUCCUCUUCGUACAAGCAAGAUGCCUACGGGGCUAAAUGGUAAAUGUUCCAAUUUCCCUCUCCU